ACCUUCACCCGCCCUCGUCCGGGCACGAGCGACGCCCCGCCCCCGGAAGCACGUUGAAUGGAUUUCCUGUCCUGCCUAAACUGCCCCCCUCCAGCCCCCCCAGCGAAGCCGAAUUGGGUUCCAGGCAAAAUAAGCCCCCCCUCCUCUCCCGCCCCCCGGGGGGAGAAGGUUCAGCCGCCAUGGCAGAGUCCGAAGACAUUUUAGAGCUCCAGCGGGAGGUGAUGGAGGAGAUGGGCAUCUCCCUGGAGGACCUCAAGCAGCUGAUCGAGGAGGAGCUGGAGAAAUCGGAGUACGUCAAGCAGCGGAAGGAGGAACUGGGGCGCCUGGAGGAGUCCGUGAAACAGAAGGAGGCGGAAGUGGCUCACGUCGACCAGCUCCUUGAAAACGCCGUGAAGGCGGUGGAUAAAUGCGAAGUGUUGGUCAAAGACAUCUACGUCAAUCUGGGGCUGGAAUACCGAGAGACGGACUCGGAUUCGGAGAACGGCUCCGGCAAACCCAUGGAAGUCAUCGAAAUUCCCGACGAGGAUGACGAUGACGUCAUGAGCGUGGACUCAGCAGAUCCGAAUAACAAAAUUGUAAAGGACCAGACCCUGCUCCGAGAAGCCAUGGCCGCCAUGCGGAAGUCCGCUCAAGACGUUCAGAAGUUCAUGGACGCCGUUAACAAGAAGUCGGGCAGCCUGGACUCCCAGAGAGGUUUACACCAAGUCAGCCCCGGGUGUGAGCUGACCCACGAUGGCGACCUCACAGUUGGUGACCGUAUCCUGGGCAAGAAACGGACAAAGACUUGGCACAAGGGCACCUUGAUUGCCAUCCAGACAGUUGGUCCUGGGAAGAAAUACAAGGUUAAGUUCGACAAUAAAGGGAAGAGUUUGCUGUCGGGCAACCACAUAGCUUACGACAGCCACCCGGUGCCCGAGAGGCUGAACGUCGGCAGCCGGGUUGUGGCCAAAUACAAAGACGGCAAUCAGGUCUGGCUCUACGCGGGAAUCGUGGCCGAGAUGCCCAACGUCAAGAAUAAGAUGAGGUUCCUCAUCUUCUUUGAUGACGGUUAUGCCUCCUACGUCAUUCAACCCGAGCUUUAUCUCAUCUGCAGGCCUCUCAAAAAAUCCUGGGAGGACAUUGAAGACGUCUCCUGUCGGGAUUUUAUCGAGGAAUACGUCACCGCCUACCCAAACCGGCCCAUGGUGCUCCUGAAGAGCGGCCAGCAGAUCAAGACGGAGUGGGAGGGCACCUGGUGGAAAUCGCGGGUCGAGGAAGUGGACGGAAGCUUGGUCAAGAUCCUCUUCCUGGAUGACAAGCGUUGCGAGUGGAUCUACCGGGGUUCCACCCGCCUGGAGCCCAUGUUCAGCAUGAAGACCUCCACAGCUUCCACCCAUGACAAGAAACAGGGGGGCCAGAUGAGGAUGCGGCCCAAUGUGGGGGCCGUGCGAACCAAGGGCCCUGUGGUGCAGUACAUCCACGACCUGACUGGGACCAGCCCUCAGCAGCAGCUCCAGCCUGCAGAACCCCAAAUUCUCCUCACCUCCUCCCAGCUGGUGCCUCCUCUCUUUGGGGAGUCAGAUUCGGAGAGCCAGCUGGCUCAGGCCAAGAAACAGCAAGUGGCGAAAAAAAGCACCUCCUUCCUACGCCCCGGAUCGGCCGGAUCGGGCCUGUCCCCCCCAUCCUCUCCCAUCCUGAGCGAAACGCCUCCGGUCGGCCGGCCAGGAGUGACCCAGCAGUUCAGGUUCUCUGGGGUGCAGCCCACGGCGGGCGCCCUCCCGUCCUUCCACAGCAUGAUGGAGCGUGUCCCCAACGAGUCUUCCUACCGGGCCCCCGUGGAGAAGCUCUUCUACCUGCCCCACGUCUGCAGCUUCAAGUGCCUGAGCCGGGUGCGUCCCGUCCGCCCCGACCUCUACCGCAGCCGCAACCCGCUGCUCAUCCCGCUGCUCUACGACUUCCGCCGCAUGACGGCCCGCCGGCGGAUCAACCGCAAGACGGGCUUCCACGUGAUCUACAAGACGCCCUGCGGCCUCUGCCUGCGCGGCAUGAACGAGAUCGAGCGCUACCUCUUCGAGACGGACUGUGACUUCCUCUUCCUGGAGAUGUUCUGCCUGGACCCCUACGUGCUGGUGGACCGCAAGUUCCAGCCCUACAAGCCCUUCUACUACAUUGCGGACAUCACCAAGGGCCAGGAGGACGUGCCUCUCUCUUGCGUCAACGAGAUCGACAGCACCCCGCCACCCCAGGUGGCCUACAGCAAGGAGCGGAUCCCGGGGAAGGGGGUCUUCAUCAACACCGGCUGGGAGUUCCUGAUGGGCUGCGACUGUGAGGACGGAUGCAGGGACAAAUCGAAAUGCGCCUGUCAUCAGCUGACGGUCCAGGCCACGGCUUGCACCCCCGGCGGGCAGAUCAACCACAAUUCCGGCUACCAACACAAGCGGCUGGAGGAGUGUAUCCCCACGGGGGUGUACGAGUGCAACAAGUGUUGCAAGUGCAAUUUGAACAUGUGCUCGAACCGCCUGGUCCAGCACGGCCUGCAAGUCCGGCUUCAGCUCUUCAAGACCCAGAACAAAGGUUGGGGCAUCCGGUGCCUGGACGACAUCGCCAAGGGCUCCUUCGUCUGCAUCUACGCUGGGAAGAUCCUGACGGACGACUUCGCCGACAAGGAGGGCCUGGAGAUGGGCGACGAGUAUUUCGCCAACCUGGACCACAUCGAGAGCGUGGAGAACUCGAAGGAGGGCUACGAGAGCGAGGCCAAGUGCUCCUCGGACAGCAGCGGCGUCAACCUGAAGGAUGAUGAGGACGACAACUCCGGCACGGAGGAGGCCGAGGAGUCCAACGAGGAGAGUUCGGACGACAAUUUCUGCAAAGACGAGGAUUUCAGCACCAGCUCGGUCUGGCGCAGCUACGCCACCCGCCGGCAGACGCGGGGCCAGCGGGAGAACGGCCUGUCCGAGACGGCCUCCAAGGACUCCGGGCCGGCCAGGCAGGCCAGCCACGAGGAGGCACCCCCUACCUGCAAGCCCCCCGUCUCGGAGGAGACCUCCAAGAACAAAGUGGCCUCCUGGCUCAGCUCCAACACCGUGGCCGACGGAUACCAGGACAGCGACAGCCGCUCGUCCUUCCGGAUGCAGGAGGCGGCCGAGGUGAAGCCCCCCGUGAAGGGGGAACCUGGCGAGAAGAGCGGGACCCCCGGCCUCCUCCCCAGCAAGGAUGAGCCCGGCCCGGAGGCGGAGAUGAAGGCGGUGAAGAAGAAAGAGGAACCGGAGGAACCAGCCAAACCCACGCCCAGCCACCCCACCAGGGUCUACGGCUACAACCCCAACCCGCCCAUCCCCGAAGGGGCCCGGCGGCCUCCCAGCAAGACCACCUCCCAUCAGAGCCGGAGACAAUCAGAAGGCCAGAAUCCGGAUCAGGACGUCCUGAUGCUCUCCAGCAGCACCGACAGUGACGGAGACAAUCUCCGGCCGAUUUCGGGGCCCGUCCAGGUCAACCACACCAACGACAGCGAUGACAUCCAGACCAUCUCGUCCGGCUCGGAGGAAGAGGUGGCCGCCGACCAGAAGAAGAACGUCCCUUCCAGGCUGGGAGCAGUGAAGAGGCAGGUGGCCGUGAAAUCCACCCGAGGUUUUGCCUUGAAAUCCACGCACGGCAUCGCCAUCAAGUCGACCAACCUGGCUUCGGGGGAGAACGCGGCCAUCCGAAGGAAUACGCGCCAGUUUUACGACGGGGAAGAGUCCUGCUAUAUCAUCGACGCUAAGCUGGAGGGGAACCUGGGACGCUACCUCAACCAUAGCUGCAGCCCCAACCUCUUCGUCCAGAACGUCUUCGUGGACACGCACGACCUCCGCUUUCCCUGGGUGGCCUUCUUCGCAAGCAAGAGAAUCCGGGCCGGGACGGAGCUCACCUGGGAUUACAACUACGAAGUAGGAAGUGUCGAAGGCAAGAAACUGUUGUGUUGUUGCGGUGCCAUCGAAUGCCGAGGCCGCUUGUUGUAAAAAGUUGUGUUAUUCCCCAACUGGGGAAGAGGCCUCUCUUUUUUCCAAAAAAAGACCCUCACCCCACCCCACCCACUGGCGAAAGGGGGAUUUGCCCCGCCGCCACUCUUCCCCCACCCCGUGUCUUUCCGUGGUUCACGUCUCUUCGCUCUACGCGUGUGCCGUGUUGAGCACAGCGGGGGCCCUGCGUGUUAACGUCUCUGUGUCGAAAGUGUUUUCCCCUCACCCACCCACCCAAGUUGGAUGUUGUAAAGCAAUAAAGAAUAUCCAGUCUUUAUUAAAA